AUGUUCAUCUUAAUACAGUUUCAUAAUGAAGUGCACCAAAAAUUCUUCUUCUUAAUUGUAACUAUUGCUGUAAUUUCAGCUGCAGUUUCAGCAAUUGUUGCUAGUCUAUUAAAUAAUAAUAAUAACAGUAGCAGUAGUCAGCAAAAUUUGCACAUCAAGAAGAAUGAAAAGAAUGAUACGUUAAUUUCAGUUCAAGUUGUUUUCAGACAUGGUCACCGCACACCUGAACCUGGCAAACUUUACAAAUUAGAUCCUUAUAAUAAUUAUUCGUUUCAUCCAGAAAAUUACGGAGAAUUAACAACGAAAGGUAGAAAAGUUGCUUAUGAUCUUGGACAACAGCUAAGACAGAAAUACGACAGUUUCCUUGGUAAAACUAAUUUUUAUCCGGGUUUGAUCAAGUCUUUUGUUUCGGGUUAUGAUCGCACUCAAAUGUCCUUGCAAUGCGUGCAUGCUGGUCUAUUUCCAAAUAAAAACACUAUCAUGGGCAUACCCUGGCAACCAAUUCCAUAUGAAGUUUUUGAGUUUGAUGAUGACAACAGAAUUGGAAUUAUGGCUCAUUGCAAAACACUAAAAGUACCACACAUUAAACCAACAGAUAAUACAACUAAAAACCUAUUUGAAUUCUUAAGUGAAAAAUCCGGAGAGAACAUUACAAGUUAUUAUGAUUCUAUUGUGGUAUCAAACGCGUUUCAAGUUGAGACAGGUUAUGGCUUAGAACUACCCGAAUGGGGUAAGCCUUUGUAUCCACAUCCACUUCUAACGUUUGAUGAAAUAGGCUGGGCACAAUUUGCUAAAGCAAAUAUCCGAUUGGGUGCUGGCGGUUUGCUUAAAAUGAUUACAGAAAAUGCACUCCGGGCAAAAAUGGCAAAGCAUUCAGAAACAGAACAUCCAAAAAUGGUUCUAUACUCAGGUCAUGAUUACACUUUGCUAUUUUUACGCCAUAGUUUAAAAAUCGCCAACGUCGAUUCGGCAAAUUUUGGAGCACACCUAAUUUUUGAGUUACACAAAAUUCAUGGACACUACGGAUUCAAGAUAUUUUAUAAUAACUACCAGAAAGAUCAUCCAAUAUCAUUGAAAGUGCCAUUCUGUGAAAAUGACAUCAAUGGUGAAUCAUUUUGUAAAUUGAAUACUUUUAUCAAAAACACUGAAUGGUAUUAUGACCCUACCCCUGUUUGUUAUUGAAUUUAGUCUGCACUUGAACUCAAAAGUGCGUUUAUAACGUAAUAAAAUUCGAGUAAUUGUUGGCCGCUUCAACAAAUAUACCUUGCUGGUGUUGCUUAAUAUUAAACAAUCAAAUAAUUUUUAUAGCAAGAUUAUGAGUUGCAAGGACAUGUUCAAAAGGAAUAAAUAGAAUUUUUUUCAAUUUAAA